UGUUCGCAAUGGGCGGGGUCCGGGGAGGUAUUUAAAGGAGAGGGGCGGGGCAUUAUAAGGGGGUGGGGCAUAAGGCAAAGGGGCCUGCACACCGGGAAGACACUCUAGUGUUUCUAAGGAUGAGCUAGGUUCGAAGGACUGCGCUCAAACUGGCCCACGGGGGCGUGGCCUCGAGCUUGGGGCGGGGCCUAGCUCUUGGGGGUCGUCCUCGCUGUCUCGCCCACUUGCCUUCACCCGCACACUCGUUCUUUUCGGUUAUUUUCUGCUACGGCCGUUCCCCGCCCUGCCCUGGUCCACGGGGACGUGGUCUGAUCUUUGGCCGGCUGUAGGAGUCGGUGAGUGGGGUCUAACUGAGCGAAGGAGCCGGGGCGGAGCUUGAGGAAAAGGGGUGGAGCCUAAGUUAAGAGCUGUCACAAACGCCGAGCGGGAAAAGUUUAGACUUGAGGAUUUGCUGCUGGCUGAGAAGAGGGAGGGAUCCAAAUGAUCGACAGAGAGAGACGGUGGGUGAUCGGAGGGUUAGGACUGAAGAACUGGGGGAUUAGUUAGACUACAGUCCCUUGUAUUUGUUAGGCAGAAGCAGACCUGACGCGGGUGGGGGCAGGAUGAGGAAGCGGCCGAUUCCUUGACAAUUGGGGGCGGGGCUUAGGCCUCAAGGACUUGGUUAGAGUGUUAGGAUAGAAACUUGAAUUCCUUGUUGGCUCCUGGGCAUAACCAUCAUUACCGGUGUGGUUUAAAAUUCAACAAAGAGGCUGGCGAGAACUGACCCCGAAGCCUUGAAAUCCCGGGCGUGGCUAAAGUGUUAGGUAUGUGAUCUAAGCACCCAAGGAGUCAGGGUUGGCACUUAGUACGUUAAGAAGUUGGGUUCGAAGAGUGAACCGCUUUUGAGACCAUGGGGAAGUGGGCGUGGCCAUGAUGAAUCGGAGAACUGGAGACCGGGGCUGAGAGAAUAUUGGAGGACGGGACACACCAAUGCAGACAGGGACAGUCCAAGAACAGCCUGAGCCGUGGAGUCCCCGCAGAACCCGCCGACUGACUGGUAGAAGUUUAUUUAACCACAGUCUCCGACCUCCGUCGGAAAUGGGGAACGUGCAGUCGGAGCCUUCCGCAGGCGGAGGCUCCCGUAAAGAGCAGGCCUCAGACCGCGCAUCCGACUCCCGCAGGACGCCUCUGGUGGAGCCCGAGGUGACACCCUCAUCCCCAGCCAUGCGCCUGGCUCGAGGGCUGGGCGUCUGGUUCCCUGGCAGUUCCGGGCCCCCGGGACUCCUGAUACCCCCGGAGCCCCAGGCCUCACCCUCGCCCCUGCCCCUGACCUUAGAACUGCCCUCACCAGUGACACCCCCUCCAGAGGAGGCGGCUACGGCUGCGGUCUCCACACCACCCCCGCCCCCCGUGGGGUCCCUGCUGCCCGCGCCAUCUAAGUGGCGAAAACCCACGGGCACUGCAGUGCCUCGGAUCCGCGGCCUGUUGGAGGCGAGCCAUCGUGGUCAGGGUGACCCUCCGAGCCUCCGCCCGCUGCCACCGCUGCCCCGGCAACUGACCGAAAAAGAACCGGUCCCGAAGGCCCCAGCCCCACCUCCGACGCUCCUAGAGCCUCGGAAGCAGCUACCGCCAGCACCUCCACCUUGCGACCCGCAACCCCCUAGCCGGAGAAUCACUCUGGCCUCGUCGGCCACAAGCCCCACAGAAAGUCAGGUCAGGCAUAGCAGCGAGGGUCAGACGGCCGGGGGAGCCCGCGGAGGGGCACCGCCCCAAGUCGGAGAGGGCGAAAAGGCUCGGUCUGCUACUUCCGAGUCCGGCCUGAGUCUGCUGUGUAAAGUCACCUUCAAGUCCGGGCCCCACUUGUCCCCCGCAUCGGCCUCGGUCCCCUUAGCAGCCAAACCCUCAGUUGGGGCCGGUGGUGGCGGAGGACUAUUUGCCUCGUCGGGGGCCAUCUCUUAUGCCGAGGUCCUGAAGCAAGGGCCCCAACCUCCUGGAGCCACUCGUCCUAUGGGAGAGGUCCCUCGUGCAGCUCAGGAAACCGAGGGCGGUGAUGGAGAUGGCGAAGGGUGUUCUGGUCCCCCUUCGGCGCCUGCUCCCCUUGCCCGGGCUCUACCACCACCCCCUUACACCACCUUCCCAGGUUCAAAGCCCAAAUUCGACUGGGUGAGCCCUCCCGAUGGCACUGAACGGCACUUCCGAUUCAACGGGGCUGCAGGGGGAAUCGGGGCACCCCGAAGGCGCACAACCACACUCUCAGGGCCAUGGGGCUCCCCUCCACCAAGGUCAGGUCAGACGCAUCCAGCUUCAGGGCCCCGGAGAACCACACCUGCCUUGCUGGCUCCACCCAUGUUCAUCUUCCCAGCGCCCACCAAUAGCGACCCUGUACACUCAGUGCCUCCAGGUCCGCAGCAGAUACCUCCGUUGCCACCGCCACCACCCACACCACCAACCACUCCGCCACCGGCACCGCCACCCACACCACAGCCACCAGCGCUCCCGAGGACGCCUAUCCCAGGCCCUGGCCUUGCGGAGUCAGCCUUGGCUCCCACCCCUCCUCCCUCUCUGCCCCCUAACGUGGCCGCUGACCAGGUCCCGCCCCCGCUCCCGGCCCCUGUUCCGGACACUACCCCAGCUCCAGCAACUCCUCCUGCUGAGCCGUCACCGCCAGUGCCUCAACCCACCAAGAUUCGUACACGCAAGAACAAAGGUCCCCGAGCGGCCCGGGGUGUGAUCCGUGAAGAGGUUUUAUCUGGAGACGGUCCUCGAGAACUGACUUCAACUCCGGUGACUGACAGCAACAGAGGGGGUGGCGGUAGCAGCAGCGGAACCUCCACAGCCGGUGCCCCUAACAAGGGUGCAGUGCGCCACUGGCCACCUUUCGAAGUGCUUAAUUCUUGCCCCUGUAAGUGCUACUGCCGCCAUCAACCCCGCCACCGACGCCUGCCUCGCAACGUGUCUGCCUGGUGAGGGAGAUCAAGGAGUGGAGGGCACACACUCAAGUCCAGCACCCAUUUUCCCUGGAUAGAAUAAGAUUCAACACUUUGGCAUCCUGACCAUAGGCUGGCCCUUGACUUAUGUGGGUCUCGGCCUAGCUGAGCCUCAGGAGCUGACCUUUGACUGGCCUUUAGCUCAACCCCUUGACCCUUAGUCAAUUCCAUAACCUUCCUGUUGGUCUGACCCUAUUCUGCCUUAACCCUGUCCCCAAGGGCACUAAGGCCCAACCCCAAGGUUUUUUAGAGACUGGGGAAGGAAGCAACUGUCUUUUUGGAACCUGAGGGUGGAGUAAAUAACAGGCCCCCAACCUUUCUGGGCCCAGUGAGAUCCUCACCUUCCAUACCUUAUCCCAACCCCCUACUCACUUACCCUGGGCCCAAGGCUUUGGCAACUAGAGGGCAGACCUUUGCGGACAAAGAUUACCCAUCAGGGGGCACUGCCUCUCUCUCCACCUUCGCUACUAUACUAAGCCCCUGGAUUUUGUUGCCAGCUCUAAACCUUGCUAUGGACAAAAUCCUGCCUUGGGGGCUUAGCUCGGGCUCCUCAUACUCCUUCCUAUUCCAUAUGGAUGUACCUCUGCCCCAAAUGCCCUUAGGAACCUUAUGACACUUUGGAGUAGUCCAGCAGACUACACAGACCCUGUCAAUUCUUCCUUCUCCCAGGCUGAGCACACCCACCAACCACCUGAGUGAGCCGCCCUGGGUGGCCACCGUCAAGCUGGCUGGCUCCCUAGUAGCUGGACUGGAGCACUACGACUUGCAGGCCACCCAUUCCAACUGAGCGUGGCCUGCCCAACACCCUCUGCCUCACCUUCCUUGCCAAUAAAGCACCCAGUCUACACAGCUUGCCUAGCUGCCUAUCAGUUACCACUGGGGAAGCUGAGGUGCAGCCAUGAGCAAAGCCAGGCCUCCUUCAAAGAACCAACUCUUGCAGAUACCAAGUAAGGUGACAGGGUCCAAAGCAGUGAAGCUACUGAGCAGCCACACUUGCCGCAGGUCAUGGGUCACGGGAGCCAGUGAGGAUAACCAACUGGAUGAAGCAGGUAGCUUGGCCAGACUUGGACUUUGCCCCUUAGAGUUUUCUAAGGACUUCAA